AUGCACCAACGUAAAAAGCUUCGUCUUCGCGACUGGCUCAAAGAGAUGAUCGAUGCGGGCUUGUAUGGUUUAAAAUGGGAAGGAGACCCGAGGAAGCGAACCUUUCGAAUCCCUUGGAAACACGGCUCUCGGCAUGGCUGGUCUGAAAAAGAUGAUGCCGCUCUAUUUAGAGCCUGGGCCACAUAUACAGGAAAAUACAAAGAAGGAAGGGACCUCCCUGAUCCUCGAAAGUGGAAGACAAAUUUUAGAUGUGCUUUGAAUGCCUUACCAGAUAUUAAGGAGAUUCGCGAAGAGAGUUGUCCCCGUGGAAAGGAUGCUUAUAAGAUUUACAAAAUGCGACCAGUUCGAGGAAGAGGUAAGGGAUUUGGAACCCAAAGAUGCUACCUGAAUGCGAUAACUGUUAAGUUUGUAAUAGCUCACUGUUAGCGACGUAAUGAUAUUAUAGUUAGAGAACGAUGUUAGCGUUUUCCAUUCUCUGUCUCCAUGUUUCUUUCGGCCUAUACAAACAAAGCAUGUCUUGUUUGCAAAUAGUUGCCAACGAACUCAGAGCUAAAGCUAAUAAAAUAACGACCAGAGAAAUUCGUAAAGAGUGGACCCAGAGUGGUAUGGUGCGCAUUCAGGGAAAGCAUACUCUCUUAGCGGUUUCAUGGACCAAAAUCUGAGCUAUAUUGGCACUGAUGGGUUUUAAUAUUACAAAAUCACAGAGCAAUUUGUUUCUUCAAGUCAACAAUUUUGUAAUAAGUCUGGCGCAAUCAUAAACGUAUCGCUGCAAAAAACGAACAAAACUUUACCUCACAUAGACAGAGUCAGUGUCGAGUUAGACGAUGAGACAAAUGAGACAUUUAUAUUGUAUGAAUGCGAUUUUAAGGAACAGCGGUCAACCAUCAAUAUCAACUAUCGAUAGUGGUAAAUUAAUGAGACAAAGUAUUUGCCACGCGCCAUGAGAUCAAUAUACAGCUGAUUUCAACUUGAAUUCUUCGGUUCUCAUUCACGGGAUCGUUUGAACCCAGGACAUUUCAAGAGUCGCUUGAACUUCUCGUUCAAUCAGUUGAAAUGCUAAAAGACUAGGAGGUUAGAAAUGUAGAUUUGAUAUAGCGCAAAGCUCUUAAAUGCCAGUACAAUACAUCUCUAGUUGGCGCAAACUUUUAAGACUUCAUAUCAAUCCAAAUGUAAGAUCAAAAGAAUGUUUGUUUGUUGUAUACAUUGCAUUUCCAUGACUUGUGGUGGUAUGUACAAUAACCUCUCAUACAAAUACAUUGCGGCAAUGAACUGGUCGCUUUUCUUAACCAAGACUAUGCUACCGAUAACUUCGUUAACGGUCAUUUCUGAGUUACGUUCUACUGAAAUGAUUAAAAACAAAUUCAAAAGAACCACUUUCUAGUACAAUUUGUCUUUUCCCGUAUACUCUGACAGGAGAAAAAUAAACAUGAAUAGAAAGUUAGACUUUUAGGGGUCCAUUAAUCGCAUUCUUGCCUUAUUUGAGAGUAGCAGAAAUCCACUUAGUUACUUUACUAAACGGAUGCAGUAUCAAAUUCUAUCAGCGGUUGUUUUUCAAACAUGGCUGCCAUAUGGGACACUUCUGUAGUUUAAGUCGGUUUCAGCCUACUAUCAAUCAGUAGAGCAGGCAGGGCGCAAAAUCAGAAAAAAAAAAAGAAUCACACCUCUAUACUAAGUUGCUCUGAUUCAAUUUGAAUUUGUUCAUAUCUCACUUGUCUCCUCGUCUCACCGGUUGUCUUACAGUUAGGUGGUCGGCUUUCGCGUUUCUGUUAUAUGAAUUUAGAGCGUGACUCAUUUACGUCCUUCGUAAAUCAAUAUCAUGCGUGCACGUACUUUCCGGUAGUUCUCUUUGUUAUGCUGUACCAGAUAUGUGCAGCACUAAUAGUUUUUAAUUUGUGGAUGGAACAAUAAAAUGUCGCCAUUCAAAUGUGCACGUGUUUUUAGUAUCUUUAUAAUGUCUAAAAAACGGCUCUAUGUUUUUGGUCGAUGUGAAAUCCUUGCAACCAUCUUUCCGUUCAAAUUAAUGUGAGUCGUACUCUCCCGUGCGGUGCUGCUGAAGUGAUGGGUGGCGUAUAAAAUUUUUCUACCUGUCGGAGAAAUGAAUCAUAAUCGAUAGUAAACUCGUACAGAAAAUUACAAAUAGCAGUUAUUUCGGGAUGUUUGAGUUUUGGUCAAUUAUUAGAACGAACGAAAAUCAAAGAAAAUUACUUAAUUAAUUUAUGGGCAUGACACAAAGGGGCACGCAGGACUGUCCAAGGCUUAUCUCUCUUACAACAGAAAGGACGAUUUGAACCAGACAGAAAAUAACCUCAGUCACGUCAGUUUCACAUCCUUUCCAUAAUACAAAAUGUUUGAAACAAGAACGGAUGUUUCCAUUUUUUGCACAAACGAUGAACUUGAACCAGCAACCGUCUUAGAUUUAUCAUGGAAUUAAUUCCCUCAUGGAACGUGCCGCGCGGUCAGCGUGUAUUUCGCUUUCAUAAAAAUAAAAAUCCAUGCCGGCACGCGUCAUUCGAUGAAUAAUAAUUGUCUAAAUAUCGUCUAAGGGGUCUUUUUUCUGCUUGAACACAUUAACUAGAGAUACAAUACACUUGUUUUCGGGUUGAUCAUUUCCCUUUCUCCACAAAAACGCAACCCCUAAAGGAAAGAACAGUCUGGAUAAGAUUGGUAAUUAGGUAUUUAUGAAAUGAAAAUUUUUUCUUUUCAAAAAAAGGUUGGGAACAAGAAUGAUUAGAUGGUCGUUUAAUGAAUGAUCUUUGUGGUUGGAGAUUCAACGUAGUUAAUAUAACAUGCUACAGUACACACCUGUGAGUAAGAAAGAGCAUUUUCCCAAGUUAGCCUAAACAGGUUUUUACAUGGUACUGAAUUAGUAGAAAUUUAGGCUAUCCAGGUAAAUAGGUUCUUCAGUUUUUUUUUCUAAAAAAAAAUACAAGUACUAAAAGCUAAUAUUGAUUUAGUGGUAUUCAGCUUAUUCUUUAUAUAAAAUUUGCAAACCUACUGACAUAGCAGUUGGAGUGAUAAGGCGCGUAUGUCUCCAAGGAGGACCCUGGAUAUCUUAUCUUAUUUGCUUAAGUGUACAGAAUUCUUAGUUAUGGAUUUUAGAAAAUAUGAACCUGUCUCAAAUUUUAGGCUUAACAGGUUGCAUAGAGGGGGCCUAACUGGCAAAUUUUAGCCUAACUUACUCGCGAGAUUUAGUGUAUCAUGGUGUCCAAGAUAGUUCUAUCCUUAUAAUCUAGACUGUAUACCCUAAGGUGUGACCAUUCAAAUAAAGGCUAACCUGGUUUUGUGCAGUACAUUUCUGUAUAUGUGAUGCUGUUUAUAACUCUGCACAGUCGGUGAAUGUCAGUUUUGAGUCACUGUGAAUGAAAUUCUGCAGUGAGUUAAACCUAAUGAGAGGUACUUUCCUCUGGUGCUGUUUAUCAUGAUGCUGUACAGGCUAAGUUAGUUCUGACUUUUAAAUCUGUGCAUGAAAUCGUAUCGUGUAAAGUUGUUGAAUAGUACUCUCCUGUGGUGCUGUCUGUUAUGUUGUACAAGAUGGCUCUAAUUUUGUGUCUGUAAGUGAAAUCCUAAGGUGUCAACAUUGAAAUUAAAUCUGAACCAUACUUUCCUUUGGUACUGCUUAAGUUUUACCCGAGAGUUCGAGCAUUUGAGCCCUGCGAGUUAACCUUUAACUAAGACAAUUCAAAUGAAGGCUACUGGCCAUUAUACUCCUGUGGUGCUUUUUAUGAUCUGUACAGGCCGGAUGGUUCCAACUUUUGAGUCUGGGAAUGAAAUCCAACAGUAUGACAAUUCAAUUGAAAGCUUCUGAGCAGCACUUUCCUGUGGUACCGUUUAUUACGCUGCACUGGGUGGUUCUAACUUUUAAGUCUGUGGAUGAAAUCUCAAAGUAUGACUCUAAGAAAGAUACUGAACAGUACUGUACUGUGACACUAUUCACGCUGUAUACGCCUUAAAAGGUGGUCCCAACUAAGUCUGUGGAUAAAAUCUAAAGCGGGACAGUUCAAAUCAGUAAAUGCUUGUGAGCAAUACCUUCCUAUGGUGUGUGUGCUUUUAACUUUUGAGUGAUUUGAGUCAGAAUGGGUAAAAUUCUAGUGUGACUAUUCAAUUGAAAGCUACUAAACAAUAAUUUCUGGUGGCGCCUUCAAAGCGGUUCUAGAAACAUCCACUGGUUUAACGUGCAGCAUCAUUAUCCAUAAUUAAUAUUCUAAAAGUUGGAUAAGAUUGAUAACAAAGGUAUUGUUGGUGUUGACAAUUGAGUUCGCUUAUUAUCAUUUUUAGAUCGUUUAAGGUUGCAGCAUGAUCUCAAGGUGAGUGAGCCUCGUCACCCCUCAAGAUUCACAGGAUCUCAUCUGUCUUUCACCUUUCCUCCUCAAGUAAGUGUGCAUGAUUUAUUAUUUAUCCAAUUGCUGUUUUCGGUUAAAUUGUCAUGGGCAAAAUUCAAUCCUGAUGACUGAUAUAUAUUUCUUUCACUUUUACUUCCCAUCAUUCAAAAGACAUUUUCGAUAAACUAGAACUUAUAUAAUUAAUUAUUUGCUCAAGAGUGUCGUCGUUUCUCUUUCUUUCUUUUGUUUCUUUUGUUUGGGCGUUUGUGCUGGUCCUAAGGCGCGUCAGCUACUUCAAUCCUGUAGUAGCACCUUCAUACACGCAAUACGGACCUACAUUGUGCCAACGACUAUGUUGUUGUUAGGGUUUCGAGGCUCAACAGUACCUUCAUAUUCUGAACCACUACUUUCGGAAAAACAAUGUUGUGGUCUUCGUUCAAAAUUUAACAACCUAUUAAAAAUGAUUUCAUUACACACGACAUUUUUUUCUUGUCUAAACCACUGAGAAAAUUGGCUAAAGCUACAAAAAGCCACAUGGACAUUAUAUGCAAAUUAACGAAACGAACAUAGAUAUUCUUUGCCUUUGUUUGAUAAAGUACGUGUUUUUUUUAACUUAGAAGCUGCUCUUACAUAACUUACGAAAGCUCAAUCAACCUUCAGAAGUGAUUUAUAAAGCCAUGGAUUACAAUACUGUAAUAUAACCAAUGUUCGAAAUAGCCAGUCGAUCAUCAUUGACCCGGAGAAGCCGGAGCUUUCUAUCCGGGCUCCGUCGCCGAGCAGUUGGUUCCUCAUAUUAACUGCAUACGGGCUUUAUGUUACCUCAUUUUGAUAGAAUUUUUUCUAAAUAAUACCUGUUAUAACGUUUUAAUUAUUGGCAAGAGAAAAGGCAUGAGUGAAACUGAUAUUCCUAGAAACGUUUUAAUUUAAACCGCAAACGACGAUGAAAGUUUAUGUUAUAAAACUCGGGUUAAAGUAUUCGCGACUUUUAAGAAGCAAAUACUUUUACUGAAUAUUAGUGGCCUGAAUCGAAAUUAAAAAGAGCAAUAUUUUGAUUUUUUCACUGUCUUCCGACACUUCAUCGUUUCCUUGAUUCUUUCUUGCAUAUGUAUGUAAUUUCUUCGAACAAUCAAGUCAAAAUUCUACCUACCCUUAGAAGAAGCAAUCGUCUAGGUGACCUUUUCUUCAAGGAUAAACAGCACUUGGGGUACUUCGCUCUGCUAUCGUUUCUGUUUCUAAAUAAGUUUAUGAUUUCUUAGAGCCAUAUAGUACAGGUUAUCUAAGCAUACUGAGCGGCCGACAUUUGACAAUGGCCCUUCUGGGGAAAAUAUUAUUGUAAAAGAUUCCUAUUUCUUAGAAAGUCUAUUAGUAACGCUCUAGAAACGCUCACUGGCAAUCGGUACCGGCGAUAAACCACAUCCUAGAUACUGUCAAUAAUACACAGUCCGAUUCAAUUUUGCUUGUUAUCAAGGCGUUCUAAUCACUAAAGGAAACAACUUGUUUAUAUUAUAACCGACAAACAAAACAAACACGAGGAAGAAAGACUUCGAAAUGAUAAUGAUUUCCGGUAAACCGGAAGUUACCGUAGAGCUAUAUUCAGGCUCUUACUGCAUGGCUAGCGUAGGUUCUUUUAUUCCACAUAAAAACAGGAAGACAAAUGUCAGUAUCAAAUUGUAUCGUUCUCAUAUAAAAGUCAAGGUGGAACAGAGUGUCCUAGACACUGCAUAUUGCAAGACCUGGUUUCAUUUGAUUCUCUCAGCUCAAUAGUUAAGUUUGCAUCUUUAUUUCCAUUUCAGCCUGUUUCAUUUCCAUCCUUUGAACCGUAUGACAUGUCGCCUCCUGUGUUUAAAGCCAGUAGAAACUGCAUGAGUGACGAAGACGUGGAAAUAGUUACGGUAAGAUGGCGGACACUAGGAAACAACUGCAACGAUUAGCCGCUUAUAAAUAACGUCUUUUAACGGCAUGAACUUUAAAACAUUGAUAGCGGCGUACAAGGUACAAGUCGCCCUCUGAUGUCGGAAUCAGGGAAAUUUUUGCUCGUGGAAUCCGGAAUUUGGAAAACAGCUCAAGGAAUCCGGAUUCCGCCAACAAUUGGAAUCCGGAAUCCAAGAGUAACAAAAAUCCGGAUUCCAAUAUCUGGAAUCCCGUCCACGGUGGGGAGUUCAAAAUCCAGUCUUGAAUUCCUUUCCAUGAGGCGAUACAAGGAUCGUGGUUUCUGAAAGGGCAGCGUUUUGGCCGAUGGCUUGCAGAAUCAGAGUUGCCAUAGGCUUUCGCAGUUUUUUCCAUCAAAUGUUUAACCAUCAGUUUUGGCGUUUCAGUUACAAUUUCAAAUUUUGGCUCAAUUAUCUUUGUAAAAAAGCAUGAUAAAAAAAUGUGGAUGUUCCUUGCCACACAUCUAGAGCAUACCUUGAGAACCUGGCUAGUUCCUUCAUUUCUGAGAAGGUAAAUGUCUAUAUUUAACUUCAAGUUGUUUUUGUACCUUAACAGUUGGUUGAUGAAAUGAUGAGUGAAGCAAGCUCUCCAUAUCUUAGUAGUCCCGGAAGUAGCGCUGAUUCAACAACUUUCUUUUGUGGUUAUCCUGUGGACACAGGUCAGCAAGCAUUCCUUAAUAGGCCUUAUUCAAAAAUACCAUAAUACUCAUUGUUAUCCCUCCAAAAUUUUGCUUUAAAGCAUUGUUUUAAAUUUUUCUUUGGACUCCCUCUUGUUUUCAUCCGCUUUUUUCCCUCCGCUCUUCAAUGGCGCAACUCUCCACUUCCUGAUAAAAGCAGGUAUGGUCAAGUUACUAGCGCAUGCGUAGUCCCAGGGGACGGGGGGGGGGGGGGUUGGGUACUCAGAAUUUCAAGUGACGGGCAUGAUAGAAUAUGGGCAAAGAUCGAAACUCAAAAAAAAAACCCUAGGGCUUCCAACAAAACCCAAAAAGUCCCUGAACCAAAAAUUAACCCCCCAAAAAAUCCCGUGCGGAAUUUCCGAGCCUUAAUAAUUGCUAAAUGCAAUGUAGUACAUAUUAAACAGCCGCAAAACAAGUUUGGUUGUAUUUUAUUCGCAGAACAACGCCGUUGGGAUACGCGGGCACUACCACGAAUCCUCAGCUAGUGUUGUAUACCCCCCAAAAACCCUACUUAAUUUAAGCCCCCCCCCCAAAAUACUUGAAAAUUUUCCGACCCCAAAAAUUCCUGGAAUCGAAAAUUUAAGACCGAAAAACAUCCUUCGAUCAUCCAAGUCACUUUAAAUGCGGAGGACCCCCACUGGGUGCAUAGAUCAGAUGUAGUCCUUUUUCCGGUAUAACAACCAUGGAUAUUCAUGCAAUAUCAGCAUGGGAGGGGCGCUUUACUAUCCUGAAGAAACUCCAUGCACCCAGCAUUCAUUUACAAAUCUCUAUCUUGACCUUUACCGUUAACAAUUGAUUAUGGCCAUUUAUUUAACCACGUUUGCUUCUCUAAUAUGUGCAUUUUUUAAUGUCUCUUUUUUCUACAGGCAUAAACCCGUUUCAAUUUCCAAGGCAUGAUGUAUUCGAUUAAGGGCUCCAAACUACCAAGUACCUAUGCCCAGGGGACACAUUGAACUUUUUUAGGUAGUACUGUCUCUCUGGGACACUGGAAGUUCUAUACUACAACAGAUAAUGCUCAUUCGAAUUAAAGAACCCUUCUCUAAAAAUUCCUUACCCUAGGCAAUAAGUUGUCAAAACUUCCAUUCAGUUUCCCUUCAAAUACUAUCCUAUCCUAGACUUGAGCAAGCUACUUUAAAAACAUCUAUUUCAUAACGAUGGAUAUUCUUUUAGCUUAAAGACAAUUCCCACACCCUAAGGCGUUAGUAAUUGUUCAAUUGGCUGCUGUCACUGAUGUAAGAAAUUAAAAAAAAAACCGUGAUACCAAGUUUGGGAAAACAUGCAGCCGCCGCCGAGUGUCAAGCUGCGGGAAAAAACCCCGCGAGUUGCUGUGCAUGUAUCGUGCAGUAAAGAACUGGUCGGUUUUAUGCCAGGGCAAUUAUAAGACGUCUAGUAAUGUCUUCUUUAUUUCAAGAAUUUAAUGUACGAUACGUCUAAGAAAUCGUCAGGAGCCCAUAACCCGGAGUGAGAAACUUCCAUGUACACUUUUCACGGCGUUUUCACCCGACCAGUUUAUUUUUAGAACGAUUUUGGCUCGAAUUUAGAAUAUCUCUAAGUCUUACAAACUACUCAGCAAAGCCUACAGCCCUGAAAUGGUAUUUUUGAACUUUCUUCAUCUUUCCCGCGCCCGGUUAUGGGCUUCUGAAUUUCUGUUAUAGAAUGCUUUGAGUUUGGUCGCUGAUCUCGUUGUUUUGUGGAGAUUUCAAAAGUCCAAAUCAUGUUCAAAGCAAGCUAUGCUUGUUGCAUGUUCAUUUGCGUAGUCAAUGGGCCAUUUCCGAGUUCCCCGGGCCUCUGUUUCAAAACGAGGGUAGGUCCUCAGCCUUUGAUAUGGAGAUCAUUUUCCAUUCUCAUGCAAAUAAAACUCAUUUUCACAAGAAAGGUUGUGCACCUAGCCUCAUUUUGAAAGUGAGGGUUUUUGGAACUCGGCUGUGGCCUACUGAAAACUUCUUUAGCUCAAAUCAUAUAAAAUAAAAUAUAUAUAACUCACAAAGUUAACGCCAAAGGGAAAUUAAUACCAAGUAUUUUCGUAAAGUAAACUUAAAAAGUUACUGAGUGGCUUUUGGUUAAGAUAGUACAACAGCCACGAACGGCCUCUAUGGGUGCCAUACAAAAUAUCUUUAGUUACAUCAAAGUAAAUGUUAUAAUUUUAGUAACCUGUGUGGCAGUUGCUAAAAGAGGAGGGGAGGGGAGGGGAAGGGAGGGGAGGAGGAGAAAAGCGCCAGGAGGGAAAGGUAGAGUCUCCUUCCUUUUAUUCCCAGUCCCCUAUCCCUUUUCCCUUCUCUCCCGUCCCCUUUCAACAUGCCUGCCACGCAGGCUAUAGUUUUCGCUUCUAGAUAAUGGUUCUGGUCUCGAUGACCAGCAGGGGCGUAGCUUUUCGACUUUUUGUAGGCAUGGUCCCUAAAGAUCGCGUGUUAGGUGACUGGUAAUAUAUUUGGCUACUACAAUUUCCUUACCCUGAUAGCAGAUCGUCUCUAUUAUUCUGGCAGGUUUUUAGCAUUUACGAAGUUACUAGUAGUUCGCGUGGUUUGGACAUAUAAGACAAGCUAGUAGAUUUCAUCGCAACACAAUGUGGGUGGUUUAUAACAAGAUUUAUCCCCGCUGCUUCUUUCUCAUUUACGAACGUUAAAGUAUGUAUGUGUCAGUUUUUUUUUGCUUCAACACUACUGGUAGAGGAGUCACAGUAAAGUAAAGUUACAAUCAUGGACAAAACUACUCAAUGCAAUAUUCACAUUUUUCUGUCAUUUCUGGGUUCUGUCAUAUAACAUUGCAUUGUUUUCGAAAUUUUCUUGCAGUUCUUUCUCCCUUUGCCCUAUACAAAGUUGAAACUCGGAAAAAAUUCUGGACACACGCGUCCAACUUUGUUUGUGGGGUGAAGGGAGGGGUUGGACCUGUGUGAAUUGGAAAACGCUCUAGAAAUGCAAAAGUGUCCCAGAACUUUUGUCAAUGAUUGUAUUUGGUAGGGAAAAUCGUACAACGGGCAGACAGGCUUAUAAGCUGCUGGCUACGCCCCUGAUUAGUCUGAUUAGUCUGAUUAGUCAAAAGAGCUAUUUUAUGAAAUAUAAACGUAUGUGUUGUUGUUUUUAAAGUGCGUGUCCAAAACAUAGCGAAAACGUCUUUGGAAGGAAAAAAAGCGCCUUUUAUAGAGUCUAUAUUUGUAAGAGUAUAUUUACGUUAAGUUACUUGGGAACGUCAGAAAAUCCUUUUGAUAUACAGUAAUAAAUGUUUUUUACAAAUCUGCGUCAGUGAAUACUACACUAUGUCCCUUAAUUGGUUAAACAUGCUGAAAGGAAAACACACUUUCCAGGAUAAAAGUUAAAAAGUGGGCCAUAACAACUGUAGGAGUUGACGGCCUCUGACCGAGGGUCUCAAUGCUUUGAUGGCUUUCACGGUUAUCGGCUAAAAUUUUGGCUCUUUUACGGCUAUCGGUUAAUUUUUUUCACUUGCACGGU